CAACAACUGGUUUGAGAGUAUGAAAUCCAAGAUGGAAGGAGAAUAGCGAAAAUGCUAACACGUGAAAUUAACAUUUUGAGAAUUUGUCCGCGAAAUGAUUCUUUGAUACCAAAAGUGUUAACAUAAAUUAGCUUCAUUCAACAAGACAAUACCCUAAUAUUUAAUUUAUAACCAAAUACGAAGAUGGCAGAGGAGAAAAAGGAUGCUAGUAUGCGAACAGAGGAGUACAAGCUAGAGGCAGUUUCAGAGCUUAGGUUUGAAGUGGAGACUGGCUCUGGUGCGAGUGUACAACUGGAUCUUCUAGAAGGAAUGGCUGAAGUGUUUGGUGCAGAACUUACUAAAGGGAGACAAAUCACAUUUGAAGAGGGUGCAAAAGUAGCAGUGUUUACCUGGCAUGGGUGUCUCAUCAAACUAUCAGGUAAAACUGAGGUAGCAUACAUCGCCAAGGAGACCCCAAUGGUGAUGUACAUUAACACUCACGCUGCCCUGGAACAGAUGAGACAGAAGGCAGAGAAGGAGAAAACACGAGGACCAAGGGUUAUGGUGGUAGGACCUACAGAUGUUGGUAAAAGUACCCUGUGUCGUCUGCUCCUCAACUACGCAUCAAGACUUGGACGUGCACCGAUCUUUGUUGACAUGGAUGUAGGACAGGGAGAAAUUUCUAUCCCCGGAACAAUAGGCAGCAUAGUGGUUGAGAGACCUUCAGAUAUCGAGGAGGGAUACAACCUUAAUGCUCCCUUAGUGUUCCAUUUUGGAAGUGCCACCCCUUCACAGAACAUCCAGCUCUUCAAACUGCUGGUGUCAAAGAUGGCUGACACGGUGAACCAGAAGUGUGAUCAGAGCAGGAAAUGCUGUGCUAGUGGGGUGAUUAUCAACACUGGGGGCUGGGUGAGAGGAGGUGGAUAUGACAUGCUGAAACACACUGCUGGCUGCUUUGAAGUUGAUGUUAUAAUCGUGUUGGACCAGGAGCGACUGUACACGGAACUUAAACGGGAUAUGCCUGACUUUGUGGAGGUCCUUCUUCUACCCAAGUCUGGAGGGGUGGUGGAGAGAAAUUCCAGUGUCAGGGCAGAUGAUCGGGACGCAAAGGUGCGAGAGUAUUUCUAUGGUCUCCGCAAGGACAACAAAGACAGUUUUUACCCUCAUCCGCUACACAUCAGCUUUAACGAAGUCAAGAUUUACAAAAUAGGAGCUCCAGCACUGCCUGACUCCUGUCUACCUUUGGGGAUGAAGUCACAAGACAACAUGCUGAAGCUCAUGCCUGUUACACCAAGUAAUAGCCUUUUACAUCAUGUCCUGAGUAUCAGUAUGGCUAACACAGUGGAGGAUAAUAUCCUGGAGUCAAACAUUUUGGGACAUGUUGUCAUUACUGGUGUCGACUUGGAAAAGCAGAUGUUUACAGCGCUGUCUCCGUCCGCCGUCACCCCACCUCGUAAUAUCUGGAUCAUGUCUGAGAUCCAGUUUAUGGAUAUUGAGUGAUCACAGCCAUGAAUUUGUGAAGAAACAAACAUUCCAGCUGAUUAACACAACCAACAUGUCAGCCUGGUGGAGUGGACUGUCAGCUAGUCACAUUCAGUCACAACUAAUACAUGUUAUUCCUUCCAACCAGCACGCCCUUCUGAGAUAGUGUAUCACAGUUGGGUUGUGUCUACAGUGAUACAAGCUACUACUGGGUAGAAUAACCACAAGACACGUUCUGUGGUAUAUAGAAACAGGUAUACUGCCCUCAAAGCUUAACAUGUAACUUUGACAUGUUGAUGUAUAAUAAGCCCAUAAAAUGACUGAUCAACAUUACUGAACUGACCCAUAUUAUUGCAAAAUAUUAAGGAUUAUAAUGUUAGACAAGUCAUCAAAUGAACAUCAUUUUUAACAUUGAAAUUGGUUUUAUUGAAUUAUAACAUUUUGUCUAGAAAGUGUCAGAACCUCUAAGAGGUUGGUGUGGUGAUGGUCACUAUAGAAACAGUUUUAAGUUCGUCAAUAAAAAAUGUUCUAGAUCUAUACAGAUUCAGAUUCUAAGUCUGACUAUAGAAGCUUUCUACUGUCAAUGAUGUUUCAGUGCCUAAUGAAACCUUGUGAUGAUCAGUGAUAUCUAAAGUAUUUCUAGUUCAUCUCCCACUUCAUAAAGUGUGACAUGUAAUUGUCCAUCCAAAAAUGCCUGAAAAAGCUAUAUACAAGAUAUCUCAUGAGCCCCUGGACAGAUUUAGUUCAUUUUCACCCCAUAACAUCACCCCAUAACAUCACCCCAUCAAGUUCUUCAUUUGAUUAGAGAUUGGUGGUCAUGAUCAUUGGUCAAGGUUAAAGGUUAAAGGUCGCUCUUGACUACUUUUCAAAUGAAAACCUUGUGUACAAGAUAUCUCAUGGAGAGUAUCAGUUGAUAUUUUCUCCAGUACAUUUCACCAUCAGAUUCUACACCUGAUUACAUUUUGGUUGUCAACGGUUAAGAUUAAAGGUCAAAGGUCACAUUUGACAAAUUCGAAAAUAAAAACAUUGUGUACAUGCUAAGGUAUCCCAUGAACCCCUGAACAGAUUUGAUUUUAUUGAUUGGUGGAGGGAGUGGGAGGUGGAAGGGGGGGGGGUAUAUCCCUACUGCCCCCCGCUCACUUUUAUUUGGUGGCGUAAGUAUGGGAUACAGUGAAGUAACAGAUUAUUAUGAUUUGAUGUUACUGACCAUACAUAUAUCACACAAUAUCCUGCUGAUAUAUAUCUGAAUACAAAUGUAUGCUAGGUGUAAGAAACACUGUAAAGUAUGUAUCGGCCAUUGAGACAACUGUGGAAUCUUUUAGAAACAGUGAAACACUGCAUGUUUAUAUAUAAAAUGUACAGGGAUGAAAACUGAAACAUUAAAUAUUGUCGAUCUGUCUGUGUAAUAUUUGUUGUUAUAUAUUUUUCAAUAAAGAACAACUAUUUUAAGUUA